AGAAGAAACGGAAACGCCAAAAGCUCCGAAAAGAUUUUGCUUCCUCCCCAAUAACUCCGCCCUCGCUCGUGCGCUGUGUUAUCUAUCGCCCCCCCGUCCCACGCAUCCACCCAUCCCCCGCUUCGCACCGCCGCCUCCUCUCUCCUCCUCGCCGCUUUUUAGGGUUUUUCACGAACGCUCCUGCGCACGCCGCCGAGGAGGCAAACUGGUACUGCGUGGUCUUCGCCUAGAUGGGAUACGACGACGCCCACUCGCACGCAUCGGCCGCCGCGCGCGAUGCCAAGAAGAAGAGGGGGAAAUCGUCGGCGAAGCUGAAGCAGUGCAAGCUCGACGCGCGCCGCGAGCAGUGGCUGUCGCAAGUCAAGGAUGGGAAGGAGACCAAGGCUGCCGCUUCGCCAGCAGGCGGAGGAUCGAAUGCUGGGUCUCCAAUCCUAGCUUCGCCACACCCUCCACUUCCCCGUCGGCGUGUGGAUACAAGGUCAAGAGGUGGCGCUCCGGAGGAGGCUGGUGCUACCGUGCAAGAAGUAGGCAGCAGCGACCUUGACUCCCCCAUGCACAGUCCUGGCUCGGACAACUCCAGGGGUGGUGGCUGCACUCAGAGGAACCGCUGCUCCAGCAAUGGUGGUGGUCCCAGCCUCAGCAGUGUCAGCAGUCUAUGGUCUAGUUCCAGAAGUGUGAGUGACGCUGAGGAUGACGACACAGGCAGUGGCCCUGAGGAGGAGAAUGGGGUGUUAGAUGAUUGGGAAGCUGUUGCUGAUGCACUUUCGGUCGAUGAUAACAGUCAUCGCCACCAGUGUUCAGGUGCCAUAGUGGUCCCAGCAGCCACAAGUGACUCCACGCCUUCUGCUAAUGCAGCAAAAAGAAAAGAUCCGAUUUGUAGCAACACAAGAGCUUGGACACCUGAUGAUAUGUUCCGUCCACAGAGCCUGCCCAGUAUCUCAAAGCAGGCAAGCUUCCCAGCAAACAUCGGCAACUGCUGGGUGGGGAUGGGUGCAGCACAGCAGAGCGUCCUCUCUUUGCCAUUGUCUUGUCCAAUAUGCUAUGAGGAUCUUGAUCCGACGGACUCAAGCUUCCUCCCCUGCCCUUGUGGGUUUCACCUGUGCCUCUUCUGCCACAAGAGGAUACUUGAGGCUGAUGAACGCUGCCCAGGGUGCAGGAAGCAAUACAAUGCAGUGCCUGCAGGAGGAGUCAAAGCACCAGCAGUUGGAAUCGGACGAGAGAUGGCAAAUGGAGUGCCAUUGCGUCUAUCCCGUUCUUGUAGCAUGGGUCCAAGAUACUAGUCUGUGUGAUGGUUAUAAUAGCUCUAUGCCGUAGUUCUGUUCCUUUGGAUGUUACUGCCCUGCCGGAUAUGCUAGUUUUGUUGCGUAUCGUCUGCUUUUGGUAUAAAGAAAUGUGAAUAUUGGAAUAGAUGCUGAAUCCAUAUAGAGCCUCUGGAAACUUGGUAUCUUUUUUUUUCUUUGGACUGUUUGCAUUGUAUCUGAUGCAUAUGUUGCUGGUGAGGACCUUUUGUUGUUUGCAGUUCUUGAGAUCAUAUAUAAUAGCUAUAUACGGUGACUGUUAUUUUCUUAUCAACUACAUCAUGACUAGUUAACUCGUGUUUGCUUGAUGUUUAAACUGGAGGUCGAGCUCUUGCACUUUUCACUUGUGUGAUACAAUCUUGUGACUGCUCUUCUAAGGUAACUGAACGAUCUCCUACAUUAAACUCUUCUAUGUUCUAUCUAACCUUUGAAAGUCUACAUACAGUGUUGAUGUUUGACCUACAAGUAUACUUAGCUGACCAAAUGCAAUCUGUGUCUUAGUAGCACUCCUGUAGUCCUGUCUCCUUUCAUCAUCAAUAUUUUGGUUUUUCAUAUAUGUUCACUAUAUGAUCUUUUCAGGUUCUGUUUCAUCAAUAGUCUGCGAGAGUGGUCUUUCUUGACAAGGAAAUGAUUUUCUGUUGUAGUGGUAGUAUGUGUGGCGUGCUGUCUUUCUACCUGGUUCCCUGAUUUUAGUUUAAACUUCAUACUAGUAUGUUUUAAGUCAGCCUGACAAGUCUGAUGUAAAUAAUGUAAACUGAAAUAUGACUUAGCAUUAAACUUAAUACGGUGUUGGUUACAAA